ACUCAGCAUGACAUAACAAACAUGUCCGUCUGUUUAUACUCACUUAGUCGGAGUCUGGCAACAACAAACAAUACACAGUCACUGGUCCGGUGGCUGUUUAUGAUAAAUAUGACCCCUUUGGUCGAUUUUUAACUUUCUGACAUUGUCGUAAAGUGACUAGAGAUUGGAUAUACCUUCUAUUUUUCACCGUACAAUUUGCCAGGGUUGGUUUGGUAUACUUUUUUCGUUGUUUCCGCACGGUUCGCCAGUGAUUUUUGAUUGUGAAUGUUUGUGACGAUGAAAAUUAGUGAUAAAAGAGUUCAAAUCAUUUAAAUAACUCAAAGGAAUAAACAAGGAAAUCCUCUCUUCGCUUGCCUUAAUCAAUGCUUUGACCUCGAAUUGGAAACAAAGAACCUCUUCGAAAAGACGCUAUGUCUGAUUUUAUAUUUUCAAUUUGCAAUUUUUUUCUAUAAAAUUAUUUUGCAAAGAAGAUAUUGAAGAUUGUGAGUUGUGAAAUUCCAAUGGAAAUCAUGAUCUUUCCGAAUCACGACCAUACUGACCACGGCACAAAUACCAACAUAUCUCAAUCGAACUCGACUAGCUCGGAGACGAUAUUAUUGGAAUUUAACCAUCACAUACUCCUUGAUAGACUCCCAAAUACGAUCAUAAUGAUGUUGUUGAUGUUUUUUGGUGUCAUUGGUAACUCUAUCGUUCUCUAUGUUUACCUUUCAAGGCUAUCCCAUUGGAACGUGGAGCGGUACUUCAUCCCUUUUCUUGCAAUGGUGGAUUUUGCCGCCUGUGUGAUAGGACCUACCUUCUCGCUGUUAGAAAAUUUGUAUUCGGUCACAUUUCCUUCAGCCAUCGUCUGCAAGACAAUGUGGUAUGCGACAUGCUUAACCAGUGGAAUUUCAGUUUCCAUUUUAUUCAUCGUGGCCAUUAACCGAUACCUUAAACUUUGCAGACCUCAUAGCAGACAGAUGACUAUACACCACAAACGAAUCUUCAUGGCGGUCAUGUUAAGUAUUGUGUCUUUAAUUCUAACACCUAUGGUGUUCUUUGUGGAAUUGCAAUACAUAAAUUUUACGUAUAAAAAUGAGACCUUUAUAGGAGUAACUUGUGCUCCCCACAAUCCAGAACAGACUUUUGAGGAAACUAUUUAUUUUGGGUGCAUGUUUGGCAUCAUCUCCGGCAUUAUAAUUGUGACGGCUAUUCUUUACGUAGCCGUUGGUAAGGUGGUAUUCAAAAGGCUCCGAAAGACGAGAAAAGGUUCGGUCCCUCCAAGUCCGCGAUUGGUACACCACCAAAUAAAUCUAGAUCGCAGUAAUUCCGUAUUUUCAGUGCUUGCUGCAGUGACUUCAAUUAAAAAAGAUAACAGUAAUGAUGUUUCAAAUGUUUCAAAUUCAGGAAGAGAUUUAGAAUCUACAAGUCGAUCCGUCGAUCUGCUGCGUUCUAACCAAGGGACGUACAGACAAUACAGACUGAACUUUUACAUCAUGUUUUUGACAAUUUUCAUCUGUAAUACUGUGUCAUUUGUGCCAUCCAUGGUGUAUCUUUUCUUGAACGAAAGCGAUGUCGAAUUCUGGUUCACUCAUGACCUACUUGUGUUAAACAUCCAUUUAACUGUACAUAGAAUGUUUGUGAUCAACCACGUGCUGAACCCUUUUAUAUACGGGUAUUUUGACCUCACUUUCAGGAAACACGUGAUUGCAACUUUUCGGAAACUGGCUCGGAGGCCACUACCUGACAGACAAUUAAGCACGAGUUAAUGAAGUUCAAUCUAAUUAUACCUUAAUCGUCGUUUUAUUAUAACUAGUAAACUACUAGUAUUUUCCUUUCACGACAAUGAUUUCGUUCCAGCUUUUAGGGUAGGA